AUGCCCCAAGCUGUGGCUCCUUCAACUACCUCCUCUGCUGCUGCUGCUGCUGCUGCCAGCUUGGCGGAGCAAUCCGCCAGCUCAGCUGACCUAUCUGCCAGCUCAGAAAACCCAGCUGCCAGCUCAGAUGACCAGCCUGCCAGCUCAGCAGCAGGCAGCACGGAGAGGAAGGGGGGAGUGAGCAAGUUGCAGCAAAACGUGUUUUCCACACUCCACAUACCACUGGCCUCCCUCCCAACCAAUCCUCUUCUAGCCGCCCUCUCACAACCCAGAACUCCCCCCGCCAAGCCUGCGUCCCAAAGCAGAGGCGCAGGCUCGGUAGAGGGUUGGUUCCGGAGCUUAACCGCCUCACGGAUUGAGGCACCUGAAAACGCCCUACUUUCCCUCGCCCCUCCCACCCUCGCCCCUCCCACCCUCGCCCCUCCCACCCUCGCCCCUCCCACCCUCGCCCCUCCCACCCUCGCCCCUCCCACCCUCGCCCCUCCCACCCUCGCCCCUCGCACCCUCGCCUCUCCUGCUCUCACCCAAAAACCCUCCUCACGGGUCGACGCGGCGCCUGACAGGUCCUUCCUUACCCUCGCCCCUCCGACCCUCUCCCCUCCUGCCCUCACCCCGUCUACCCUCGCCCGCCCCACCCUCGCCCCUCUUGGCCUCGCCUCGCCUACCCUUGCUCCUCCUCCUCCUCCUCCUCCUCCUGCUGCUGUCCUCACCCCGAGACCCGCCUCACGGGUUGAGGCGGCGGCGCCUGACGAUUCUCUCCUUACGCUCGCCCCUCUUGGCCUCGCCUCCUCGGAAUCAUACUCUGAGCUGCGCAAGGGCAAGCUGAGCACGUGGGACGUGGCUCUGGCACAAAAAGCAGGCGCUGCUAAGGCAGACGGGCACGAGGAGAAGCAAGCAGGAGAGACGGAGAAGGGGGCGGGGCAAGGAGGAGGGAGGGAGCAGGGGGAGCAAGGGGAAAAUGAGCAGGUGGAGCAGGAGCGGAGGGACCAGCAGCAGCAGAAGCAGCAGCAACAGGUGCAGCUGCAGCAGCAACCGGUGGGGAUGAGGCGCAUUCGGGUGGAUCCAUCACAGAAGCCAAGGGGGGCGUCGGAGACGUGGCUUCUGCACGACUUCAAGGAGCGACCCGGCAACCAGUUCAAGUUCCGCAUGCUCUUUGAGCUCUCCUCCGUGAGUCCCCAAGAUGCUGCUCAGCUAGAAUGGGAGAGUGCUAGACUGCAACCAACCAACGGACCCCAAAAUGCUUCUCAGCAAGGAUGGGAGACUGCUGGACUGCAAUCAAGCGACACCCUUUGCCGCCUUGUGGACCUCAUGGGUGCUCCCCAGGGAGGAGGUGGAGGGGGAGGAGAUACGGGUAAAUUGCAGUCUCAAUUGCACGCCCAGCAGCCACAGUCCUCCUCCUCCUCCUCCUCCUCCUCCUCCUCCUCCUCCUCCUCCUCCUCCUCCUCCUCCUCCUCCUCACACUCCUCACACUCCUCUCACUCGCGGGCAGCGGUCUAUCUGAUGGUGUGGCACGAUCUCACGGAGGUGAAGCGCAAGGAAGCUUCCUUGGAGCGCGCCAAGCAGGAGGCGGAGCGGGCAAGGCAGGCGGCAGAGAGGGCGAGUCUGUCCAAGACGCAGUUCCUGGCCAACAUGAGCCACGAGAUCCGGACCCCCAUGAAUGGAGUUAUUGGCGUAGCGGAUCUCCUGCUAGAUACGGCGCUGAGCGAGGAGCAGCGCAUGCUAGCAGAGACCAUCCGGUCGUGCAGCGAGGGGCUGCUGCAGAUUCUAUCAGACAUCCUGGAUCUGAGCAAGAUAGAGAGCGAUAAGAUGGAGCUCGAGGCCACUCAGCUGGACGCCCGGCAGCACCUUAACAGUUCUCUGGCGCUCUUCCGCACCGCUGUGCAAGACAAGGGCCUUCAGCUGAACGUGAGGGUGGCACCAGACGUGCCGCACGCGGUGACAGCCGAUGCAGUGCGGUUGAGGCAGGUGCUGCUGAACCUGGUGUCGAACGCCCUCAAGUUCACCCACCACGGGCGCAUCUCCGUCUCCCUCUCCCGCCUCCACUCCUGCCCCGGCUGCUGCUGCUGCUCCCCCGACGCUUCUGCUUCCUCACCUGCUUCUCCUGCUCCUGGCGAUUCGAAAGCACCUCCCAGUGAGAACGAGGGCGAGGAGAGAAGAGACGGGGAAAGCGAGGAGGCUAAGACAGCGGACGGGGAGAGCCCAGGCGAGGAAGGGGGAAAGCAGGGCGAGGAGGGGGAGAGCAAGGAGCAGCAGGGGUCACGAGUGGUGCUGCAGUACACAGUGGCGGAUUCAGGCAUCGGAAUAUCAGAGGAGGGGCAGAGCCGCCUGUUCCAAGCGUUCACCCAGGCGGACAGCAGCACUUGCCGCCGCUUCGGAGGCACGGGGCUGGGUCUGGCUAUCUGCCGGGCUCUCGUGACGCUCAUGGGGGGCACGAUCGAGCUCACGAGCAAGGAAGGCGAGGGCUCAACUUUCUCGUUCACUGUCUGUGUCGGAGCGCUCAAGGACAGCCCCGGCCAAACCUCCACUGCUGCCGAGCCUGUCGAGUACCUGUGGUAUGAGGGCGGAACAACACUGGGGAGACUGGAGUCGACGUUUGAGGCGCCUCGCGGUGAUGCUGCGACGCGGUACCAGCAGACGUAUGAGGGCGGAACUCUGGGGAGACUGGAGGAGGACACAGGGAGAGAGGACGUGGAGGGCUGCAGGGGAGGGAUGCCGACAGGGGAGGAGGUGGAGGUGGAAGAGGAGGAGGAGAUGGAGGAGGUGAACGUAGAGGAGGAGGGAGGGGUAGAGGUGGAGAAGGGAAAGGAAUCACGAGCAUUUGGAGCAGGAAGAGCAGAAGCAGGAACAGCAGCGUCAGUAGCGAGAGAAGCAGUUUUCACGAGGCUGAACGGUAGUGGGAACAGCGCUCACACCAGUGUCAACCAGCAGUCACUGCAGGAUUCGUCGCAGCCAGCACAAGCCCAAGAGCCCGCCUCUCCACUGCACACACUCGCCCCAGCAGGCGCAGUGAGAGUGGCCCCCAUGAGCAUCCAUGAAAGCGCCUGUGUAAGCACCCAGGGGUGCGCUCGUCCCUCGACUGAAGCGCGGCUUUCUGAAUCGACUUUUGACGGACGCUUUGAGUCCACUCCUGAAAAACACGUGCCUGAGGGAGCCAUGAAGGUGGCCGGGGGGAGUGCCGGUCCCGUAAGAGAAGCAGAGACCCAAAGCUUAGUUCCCGUUUGUGACACGAAGAGGCAGUUGCAUGGGGUCCCCGUGGAGGCAUUGGAUCGGGGGGAGACGGAGACACAAGUCUUGAAUCGACUCUGCGGGGGGAGCAGGGAGCUCCCUGCCCUUGAAUCGACGCAGCGGUCGCCGCGAUCACAUGAGGCACGAGGGGUGCGGUUUUCUCUUGGCUUCACGGUGCUACCUGCUGGUGCUGGUGCUGCUGAGGAAGGGGGCAGGGAGGGAUGCAAGAAUGGGCUGCAGUUAGAGGUGACUUCUGAGUCGACUCAAAAGUCACCUCGGGAGGCACGAGGCGUGCGGUUUUCUCUUGGCAGCAUGGUGGUGCCUGCUGGUGCUGCUGAGGAAGGGGACAGGGAGGGGUGCAUGGAUGGGCGGCAGGAUGGGCGGCAGGAUGGGCGGCUGGAUGGGCGGCUGGAUGGGCGGCUGGAUGGGCGGCAGGAUGGGCGGCUGCACAUAGCACCUGUGAACCGGGCUGCCUUGUUGCCGCCGCAGCGGCGGGGAAUGAGAGGAAGCUUCUCGGAAGGAGACAUUCCCUUGAUGACCGAGCCGGGGCAGAGCGAGUGCGACAUUCAAGUGAUGGGAGAGAGGAAGGGGGAGAGGAAGGGAGAGAAGAAUGGUGAGGAGAAUGGAGAGCGGAAGGGCAAGAGUGGCAUCUCCCCGCCCAGUUUUGAGACGUCUCAAAUCUCUCUGCCCGGGACGCAUGCAGUGGCUCGCCGUGCCGCCACUCCCACUGCCGCCGCUGCCUUGCGGCCAACCACCACUGCAUCGCAACCACUCGCAGCAGUAGCAGCAGCAGGAGGAGAGGGUCAAUCUGUAAGAGUGUCAGCAGGAGCUGCAGCAGCAGGGGGGGAGCAGCAGCAGCAGCAGCAGCAGCAGCAGCAGCAGCAGCAGCAGCAGCAGCAGCAGCAGCAGCAGCAGCAGCAGCAGCAGCAGCAGCAGGCGGCGCUGCGGGUGUUGGUAGCCGAGGACAACGCGGUGAACCAGCUGGUGGUGACGCGCAUGCUCAGGCGCCUUGGGCUGGACUGCCGCGUGGCUGACAACGGAGUUGUGGCCGUGGAUGCUUGCAAGGAGGAGCGAUUCGACCUCGUGCUCAUGGACUGCCACAUGCCUGAGAUGGACGGCCUAGAAGCCACGAGGAGGAUCCGACGGAUGGAAGCAGAGAGAACACGGGAGCAGCUGGCAGGGAGAAGCACAGAUGCAUGCACAGAUGCAUGCACAGAUGCAAGUACAGAGACAGGAGGCCCGGUGCCUGUAAGCCCCACACAACACAUGGCAGCUCAAGAAACCAAGGCAAAUGGCGGGUGCGAGGCUGUUGGGGAGACUGUUGUGGAGGCUGUUGGAGAUGCUAAGACGACGAGCGGACCGGGAUCGGGAAGCCAUAGUGGCGGCGUGAUUGUGCCGCCGAUGUUCAUAGUAGCGUUGACAGCGAGUGCGUUUGAUUUCGAGAGAGAGGCGUGCUUCUCGGCCGGGAUGAAUCACUUCCUCACCAAGCCCAUUCGCCCCAAAGACCUUCAGAGUCUCAUUAAACUGCUGCAGGUGCCAGCGAAAAUAUGA